CCAGCGCGACGACCGGAGUGCGACGUUUCCAUCAUGUUGUCGGACAUGCGCUCGGCGGGUGCUCCGACGACCGGACACCCGGGCAACGGCGUCCUUCCGCACGCGUGGGAGUGCAUCGACGGGGCAUGGCAGCAGAACUGGGUGAUCCACCGGGAUGGGCGCAUCGAGCUUGCAGGCCGUGGCCUGUGCCUCGACGUGCGCGACGGCGGCACCGAUGUCCAGCUGUGGGAGUGCAUCGCAGGCAACACCAACCAGCAGUUCGACAUCGGUCCGUACCCCGGGCAACUUCUCAACUGA